AUGCAAGAGAGCGCCGUUCCCGCGCCUCUGCUCCCCUCUCGCCCGGCGGGGACGGCCCUUCCCUCCAGGCGGCGAGCGGCAGCUCCGCGCGGGAAUCCCGCUCCGACUCCCCGAAGCCUAGGUGCGGAGGUCCCAAAAGUGAAAACGACUCAGGGAGAUGUUUGUUUGCCUUUAGAGUGCCCGUGCCUGGGCAGGCUCGGCAAGAAGUCCAUCGACUUUCCAGUGAAGCUGGACGUCCCUGGUGGAGUGCCCGUUCACUUAUACACCGACGACAUCGACGAGAAGACGGAGCAGCAGCUCCGAAACCUCUCCCGAGCCGGCAUCGCUGUGGGCUACGUCGCUGCCAUGCCAGAUGUGCAUCUUGGCAAGGGUGCCACCAUCGGCUCGGUCUUUGCAUCACGGGACUAUGUCUGUCCCAACGCGGUUGGGGUGGACAUUGGCUGCGGCAUGUGCGCCGUGCCAGUGUCGGGCCCCUUGUUGCGACAGGACCUGUCUGAAAAGGAUCUCCUUGCUAUCCAAAGCGGUCUCAGGAGCUCCAUUCCAACGGGCUUCGAGUACCACGAUCGGAGCACCUCUGCCAUGGAGGCAACUUCAAAGAAGCUGAUGUCCCAGCAUUCGCCCACAAGAUGGCUAAGGGACACCUUCGGCAGCCGACACACGAAGCAGCUGGGCACGCUCGGCGGUGGCAAUCACUUCGUGGAGCUUGUCUACGACGAGGAGGAUCGCGUGUGGAUGAUGCUGCACAGCGGCUCCCGCAACAUCGGCAAUGUGACGGCGCAGUACUACGACAACUUGGCCGCCAAGCAGUGCAACGGGCGCCCCGAAGCACUGGCCUACCUGAGGAUCGAAUCCCCAGAAGGUCGGCAGUACUUGACCGACAUGACGUUUUGCCAAGCCUACGCCUGGGAGAACAGGCGCUUCAUGAUGGAGUCCUUUGCAAAGGUCGUCAAGAAGCUGACGCGGAGUGAUGCUUUGUGGGAUCAGAUGGUUAACAUCCAUCACAACUAUUGUGAGUGCGAGCAGUGCAGGUACCUGGAUCCUGCCACCAAGAGGUGGAAGGAGGAAGAGCUCUGGAUCACUCGAAAAGGGGCGACCAGCGCGAAAGCGGGACAGCUGGGCAUCAUCCCGGGAAGCAUGGGAACCGGAUCGUACAUCGUGCGUGGCAAAGGAGAGGCCGAUUCUUGGCAGUCUUGCUCUCAUGGUGCCGGCCGAUCCAUGUCCAGGGCAGCUGCCUUCAGGAACAUUGAUCCCAAGACGUUCGCUGGCCACAUGCGAGACCGCGGGAUUGUUUGGGACGUGAAGUUCGCCGACAAGGUCCGAGAUGAGGCGCCAAUGGCCUACAAGGACCUGAACACCGUGAUGCAAAACCAGCAAGAUCUCGUGGAGGUAGUGCAUCACCUCCAGCCCCUCAUCAACAUGAAGGGCUGGUGA